AAAUCCGAACGUCCCAGUUAAUUUCGUGCUCUUUCCACUAAAGGGCAAAAGAAAAAGGAAAAACACCAAAAGGAUUUAAUUACACAGAGAGCAUAAACAGAUUCGAUCUGCCGGCGAUUGCAAAAAGGACCAAAAGUGAUCGUUUGUUUGAAGUUAUGGGUGGGGAAUCCAAUUACUCGAUUCAUCAAAACGCGUACAUAAAGUUAAUCCUUCAUGCUCUUAAACACAAGACUUCCUCAGUCAACGGUGUUCUUCUUGGCCGUAACUCCGUUAACGGAGACAGCGUCGAAAUUGUUGAAUCCGUUCCGUUAUUCCAUUCUCAGAUUGGUCUCUUACCUCCACUCGAAAUUUCACUUAUUAUGAUUGAGGAGUACUAUGCUGAUAAAGGUUUGAGUAUCGUGGGUUAUUUUCACGCAAAUGAAAGAUUUGAUGAUUUCGAGGUUGGGAAUGUGGCCAAGAAUAUUGCAGAUCAUAUCUACAAAUAUUUCCCUCAAGCUGCUUUACUUCUGUUGGAUAACCAGAAGCUUGAAGCUUUACUGAAAGAGGGGAAAGACAGGAGUCCUGUAAUGCAGCUUUACACUAAGGAAUUAUCUAGGAGCUGGAAACUAGCAGGAGCAGAUGCAAGCGGCCCUCUGAAAAUCAAAGAGCCAUCUGCAAAUAUUGUCCUUCUAGAUUUUAUCUCAUCCGGGAAAUGGAAGGACAUCAUAGAUUUCGAUGACCACCUGGAUGACAUUAGCAAGGACUGGCUGAAUCCAGAGCUCUUCAAGUGAAGUUUCUAUAAUAAGACGGCAGUCGUCCCGUCUUUACCAUGUGAUAUUUGGUGUUUAUUCCUCCAGUAUAGUUGCUGAGUUUUUGAAUAGAAGAAACUAAUGGCUCUGAUGCUGACUGAUGAUGAUAACUAAUUUCUAUAGGUCAAACAUUAUUUUUGAGCAAGACAACUCAAUUUUGUGUUGAAUGGAACCAGAAGUUAUUUUUGGAACCUUAGUCAUGUAGUUUGCCUAUUUCAUGGAUUGUUUCUAGUUUAUGCAGUUACUUCUCAAAUUUGAUGAC